UAUAGGCUCACCCGGGACUGACACCCUCAGGGGACCUGGUUCGGGGUCAGUUCAGCUGCUAGCGCUGCGGCCACUCGACAGCCGUGGGUGCGUCCGUCGGUCCUCCCUCCAGGUCCCUCCGCACGCACUUGACACCCGUACCUGCCCGACGCACCUGUCGCCGGACUCUCAGCAGCUCGGCUCCAGCAUGGCGGAACAGUCGACCUUCGACACAGAUGUCAACACCCUGACCCGCUUCGUAAUGGAGCAGGGCAGGAGGGCCGGCGGCACCGGAGAGAUGACCCAGCUGCUCAACUCGCUGUGCACGGCCGUUAAAGCCAUCUCCACGGCGGUGCGCAAGGCGGGCAUCGCGCACCUCUAUGGCAUUGCUGGCUCUACCAAUGUGACAGGUGACCAAGUGAAGAAGCUGGAUAUCCUCUCCAAUGACCUCGUUGUGAACAUGUUGAAGUCAUCCUUUGCCACCUGUGUUCUUGUGUCAGAAGAAGAUAAACAUGCCAUUAUAGUAGAACCUGAGAGAAGGGGUAAAUAUGUGGUCUGUUUUGAUCCCCUUGAUGGAUCUUCCAACAUUGACUGCCUUGUGUCUAUUGGAACCAUUUUUGGCAUCUAUAAAAAGAAAUCAACUAAUGAGCCUUCUGAGAAGGACGCUCUACAGCCAGGCAGGCACCUGGUGGCAGCUGGCUAUGCCCUCUAUGGCAGCGCCACCAUGCUGGUGCUCGCCAUGGAGUGUGGUGUCAACUGCUUCAUGCUGGACCCGGCCAUCGGAGAGUUCAUUUUGGUGGACAAAGAUGUGAAGAUCAAAAAGAAAGGUAACAUCUACAGCCUUAACGAAGGCUACGCCAAGGACUUUGACCCUGCUGUCACUGAGUAUGUCAAGAGGAAGAAGUUCCCCCCAGAUAACUCAGCUCCCUAUGGUGCCAGGUACGUGGGCUCCAUGGUGGCCGAUGUUCACCGCACUCUGGUCUAUGGUGGAAUCUUUCUGUACCCCGCUAACAAGAAGAACCCCAAUGGAAAGGCUCUUGGUGAAUUUGUCCUGGUGGAAAAAGAUGUCAAGAUUAAGAAGAAAGGAAAGAUUUACAGCCUCAAUGAGCGCUAUGCCAAGUAUUCUGAUGCUGCCACCACUGAAUAUGUGCAGAAAAAGAAAUUCCCUGAGUCUCUUCUCAAAGCAUGUUCUAUGCAUGUCACGGAUUCAGGGCACCCUGCCACGAUCAUGGGAGGAGGUAGCCAUGGGAACAGGCCUCGGAGUGAGGAUCACAGCAUCAUGAACUUCAGUCGUGUGUUAUGUCCAGACCCACUCUGUCAAGUGUGUAACAGGGCAAUGACUAUGGUCAUUGUGGUGCUGUUCCAGCAGACCCCGGAAGAUGCUGCUUCCUCUGUGGCAUGUUCAGAUUCUGCAGUUUCUCAGACCAAGUCAUCAGGCACUUUGUCCUUGGCCCUCUCAGCAAGCCCUCCAAUAAUCCCCCCACCAGCCCAUCUGCCCAAGCCUCCUCCGCAUCCCACCUCCAUUCUGUCAUCUGGCCUGAAGAUCCCUAGAGCUGCCUUCCUUUCCCUGCCCCGGCCUCUUGCCCUUCCUCUCUCCACCAUCUCAGAGCCCCCACCCCUCCCUGGGGGUAUCUUUUCACCCACAGGGCUCCCUUCUGUAAACUGACACAGACCAAGAGCCCUGAUAAUACUGUGUGAGCCCAUUGAUCUCACUGUGCCAGGAGCCAUGUGUAUCCACAGCUUCCUGAUUCAGUCCAUUAAAAUACCUUUUGCUUAAAGUAGUUUGGCCUCCACCAUUGAAAUCAAAGUUUUGUCAAUAUGCGAAACUGAGCCUCAGUUUCUUGCGGAGGAUCACAGUGUGCCACAUGUAUCACGGAAUGAAAUUGUGAUAGAACCCUGAUAAUCUCUUAAAACUUCA